AUGGCUGGGAGAUCGUGUGACGCUGUUCUUGUGCUCAUGAGCGGACUUCCUGGCGCUGGGAAAACGACGCUGGUAAAGCAUCUAGUGGCCAGUAGCACUACUCUGUCAAGGCUGUAUGAGCGGAUCUCCUUCGACGAUCUCUACGAGCAAAUGGCUACAAGCACUGUCGAGUUCGAUCCUGACCAGUGGAAUGCGUCUCAACUGGUGCUGCUUGUUGAUGACAAUUUCCAGUAUCGCAGUCAGCGCAAGCGCUUCUAUCAACUCGCCGUAGAGCAGACCUGCGGCUUCGCUAUUCUCUUUGUGAACACCCCUACAGAAAUUUGUCGCGAGCGAAAUGCUGGUCGGAACAAAAAAACACGAGUUCCUGAUGAGGUUUUUCAGCGGACGGAGGCUGCUUUCGAGCCCCCGAAUGGAGAUCAAAACUUGUGGGAAGUAAACACCUGUGAGUUCGAUGGAAUGGGUGAUAUCUCUGAUGCCAAGGAGUUGGUGAACACAUUGAUACAGCAAGCUGAAAAUAAAUUCAACGAGCGGCGCUUGGUUCACCUUGAAAAGAAAAUGGAAGAAGCGCAGCAGCGCAUCGAUCGCUUGGCAACGCAGCACAGUGUACUUCACCGUGUUGACCUGAAGCUACGCCAAUGGAUAUCAGCACAGCUCCAGGACGAGAAAGUGCUUUCGCAUGGUACACCGAAGGCACAGUUGGCGUCCCAACUAAACCAGCGCCGGAAGAAGUUUCUAGCAUCCAUGAAGCGAUCGCCCUGUGAAUUUUCAGAUCUUUUUCCAAGUGAAGACAUCGAGCAAGUGGUGGUUUCGUUAGUUCUUCGAUUUCAGCAGCAACAAGAAUAA